AUGAAUGAACGAAACACGCUGCCAGAAAUUCCCCAGCAUGUAGCUGCUCAAUUGUCGCACCUCACAUCACGACCCGGAGUACAGUCGACGUUGAUACUUUCGCGCAAGGAUGGCUCGAUAAUACAGACAACAGGCCUACUGGCGGUGCCGAGCACGACGAAUGGAACAUCCUCAAGUUCUGCACCACCAACAGAGAUAGCAACACCUUCGUCAAUAACAGACCAAGACGGUGAAUCCUCAGAAACGGCCAGUAGCCCUGUAGUGGCCCAGCCUACGAGGCAAGCAGCGCCAUAUAAGCCUAGCCCAGCAGAGACAUUAGCCGUGCACAUACAUGCAUUCGUUUCGUCUGCAUCAUCCUUAAGCACUGCCCUAUCUUCACCGGCGGAUGAAGAGGACGACCUUGAAACAGAAAGUGAGAACAGAAAAAGCCUCAAUAAAGACAGUGGACCGGCUGGUGGUAACCCGUUUGAAGACCCGACACCACUAGAACGGGAGGAAGAUGAUGAGUUAAAGCUUCUGCGACUAAGGACAAAAAUACACGAAAUAAUCAUAAUACCAGACCGCAAAUACCUCCUAUGCGUCGUUCAUGACGUCUCUACUACGGCUGGAGGGGCCGGCACCCGCGGUUUAGCACAUGCAAGGCAGUGA